CGUUUGCUUCUCUUUCAUUUCUGUAAAGAGUGAAGUCUUUCAUGUCUUGGACAGGUACCUUUAUGUCAAUUUGUAAACAUCUGCAUUUUCUUUUAAAAGAAACUUCUACAGGCUUGAUCAGAGGAAAGGGGUGGACAUACAGACAGUUUUGAGAAAGAUGCUUCAACAUCAACAUCAACAUCUAAGAUCCUCACAGGACAUGAGAGGCAAAUUGCUAUACAAAGACCUGUUACACCGGUAAUCAACAGGUUCAACAGAGACUGGAGUAGCUAACAUUUUUUAAAGGACCUCUAUUCUCUUGAUUGUGAAAGUAUAAAGACAGGCAUUUCUUGUUCCUUUUUUUCACAAAGCAAAUGUGCAUGACUUGACUGACUUGAGAAUUGUGAACACUUCAGUGGAUUUUACCAGUGGAUCGGGCAGCUGUGGACUGGAAUUGGGCUCUUGAAAUUGUCAGUGGAUGUUCCAGACAUAUCCUGGAAUUCCUAAGGAAAGUUGUGAUGGGCAACGCACCAGGUGGGAUGGAGCAGGUGGAGGGGCAGGAGGCCAGGAGCUCAACAGGGGCAGUUAACCCCACUCCCUCCAUUUCUAAAAAGAAAAGUGCCCCACUCAAACUACCCAUGCCCCCCGAGGAAGAGCUAGAAGAACGAUUCAAUGUGGUUUUGAGCGCCAUGAAUCUGCCUCCAGAUAAGUUGAAGCUUCUGAGUCAGUAUGAUAAUGAGAAGAAAUGGGAGCUGGUCUGUGAUCAGGAGCGAUUCCAGGUGAAGAACCCUCCUUCAGCAUACCUGACUAAAAUCAGGAGCUUCUACCAAGACCAGGGUGGAGUGACAUGCAGGUUCAAGAAGCGUGUGCAGGAGUCAACUCAGGUCCUAAGAGAGCUAGAGAUCUCUCUGAGAACCAAUCACAUAGGCUGGGCUCAGGAGUUUCUGAAUAAGGAAAACCAAGGCUUAGAUGUCCUGGUGGACUAUUUGUCUUACGCUCAGAGUGAUGCGCCGUUUGAAGUGGAAUCUAUGGAAAAUGGCAGCUCAGUAUCAGACAACAGGAGACUCUCAGAGAGAUCGGUCGAGGAUCUGGCCAAAAACGUCAACCAUUCUUCCACACAUGGGAUGACCAAAGCAGCACGUGCACUCACUGUCAGAAUAACUUCCUUGGCCCAUAGCAGGAAAACUCUGCGAAAUGCUCGUUUGGCCACCCAGAGGGAUGAUGUUCACUUGUGCAUUAUGUGUCUGCGUGCUAUCAUGAAUUAUCAGUCUGGUUUCAACUUAGUCAUAAAUCACCCCAGAUGUGUCAAUGAAAUUACACUUGGUCUCAACAACAAAAACCCCAGGACUAAAGCUCUUGUGUUGGAGUUGUUGGCGGCAGUGUGUCUAGUCAGAGGAGGACAUGACAUCAUCAUCUCAGCCUUUGACAACUUUAAAGAGGUGAGUGGAGAGAAGAACCGCUUUGAGAAGCUCAUGGAGCACUUCAUGAAUGACGACAGCAACAUAGACUUCAUGGUGGCUUGUAUGCAGUUCAUUAACAUUGUGGUCCACUCAGUAGAGAACAUGAACUUCCGUGUACAUCUUCAGUAUGAGUUCACAAAGCUGGGUCUUGAUCAGUACUUAGAAUCCAUAAAGGAGAUGGAAAGUGAGAAGUUGCAAGUGCAGAUCCAGGCAUACUUGGAUAAUGUGUUUGAUGUUGGAGCUCUGCUGGAAGAUGCAGAGAAUAAAGCAGAAAUUAUUGAUCAUGUAGAAGAACUGCAGGAGACCAAUUCACAGCUGAAUUCUAGACUGCAAGAAUAUGAAAAUGGAUCUGUGGAGAAAAUAGCAGAACUGGAGCAACAACUAAUGCAGGCCACUAAAGAGUCAGCACUGUUAAAGGAGAGCUUGCGAGAGUCCUGCACCCAGGUGAGCAUUCUGCAGCACAGAGAGCGGGAACGAGAGAUUCAGAGAGAGAGAGAAAGAGAGCAGGAGUGGCUGUCUAAACCUUCACAGGUAGAGAGAGAUAGAGACAGAGAGAAGGUGAGCGAGGAGUCCAAACUGGAGCUAAAACUGAAGGAACUGCAGGAGAAGGGUUUAGUCCGACUGGAACGCACAUCGUCUGGAAGCCUGGACAUUGAAGUCAUUCCAGUGACCGUAGAAAGAAUUGUCACUCAAACAGUGUCAGAGUCAGCACCAGCUCCUCAAUCCCCACCCCCUCCAACAGCAGCUCCACCCCCACCUCCACCCCUGCCUGAUGCUACAGCACCCCCACCACCACCCCCUCUUCCUGGAUCUGUAGCUCCUCCUCCUCCCCCUCCUCCUCCCCCUCCUGGUGGUGGACCACCACCACCACCACCCCCACCCCCACCUGGCUGUGGGCCGCCGCCCCCUCCCGGAGCUCCUCCUGCCCCUGGGGCUGAUGCAGAAACGAAGAGCCGUAAGCCUAUUCAAACCAAGUUUCGAAUGCCUCUGUUGAACUGGCAGGCUUUAAAGCCCAGUCAGGUGGAAGGAACUGUGUUCAGCGAGCUGGAUGAUGAGCAGAUUUUAGGGGAGCUGAAUAUGGACCUGUUUUCGGAGCAGUUUAAGACCAAGGCUCAGGGUCCUCCAGCAAAUCUUUCUAAGAUCAAAGUGAAGGUGGCUGAGAAGGCCCCCAGUAAGGUGUCUCUGAUGGAGGCGAAUAAAGCCAAGAACCUUGCCAUCACCCUCCGCAAGGGAGGAAUGACUCCCAAUGACAUCUGCACAGCUAUUGAGACAUAUAACCAGCAGUCUCUGAGUCUAGACUUCCUAGAACUGCUGGAACGUUUUAUCCCCUCAGAGUAUGAGAUGAAGCUACUCCAGAACUACGAGAAGGAAGGACGCUCACUAGAGGAUCUGAGUAAUGAGGACCGUUUUAUGAGCCGCUUUGGCAAAAUUCCACGCCUUGCUCAGCGAAUCAAUACUCUCACCUUCAUGGGCAACUUCCCUGAAAGUGUAAAACGUCUGCAGCCGCAACUGGAUGCCAUCGUUGCAGCAUCUGUGUCCCUCAAGUCUUCAUCUAAACUGAAAAAAAUGUUAGAGAUCAUCCUGGCAUUUGGGAACUACAUGAACAGUAGUAGAAGAGGAGCAGCAUAUGGGUUCCGUUUGCAGAGUCUUGACCUGCUGUUGGACACUAAGUCCACAGACCGCUCCCAGACUUUGCUGCACUUUAUUGUGAAUAUGGUGCAGGAGAAAUAUCCGGAGCUGACCAAUUUUCACACUGAACUCCGCUUUGCAGACAAGGCUGGUCUGGUCUCUUUGGACAGUGUGCUGCAGGAUGUGAGAUCUCUGGAAAGAGGGAUGGAAGGGACCAAGAAGGAAUUCCUGGUGCAGGAUGACAUUCUAGCACUGAAAGAGUUUGUUAAAGCCAACAGUGAUGUGCUAGAUUCACUUGUUAAAGAUGGCAAGACAGCACAGGAGGCAUACAUUUCUGUAGUGGAGUACUUUGGAGAGAACCCAAAGACAAUGCAGCCUUCCAUGUUCUUUCCAAUCUUUGUCAAGUUUAUCAAAGCUUAUAAGCAAGCAGAAAAGGAUAAUGAACUGAGAAAGAAACGGGAGAGUGCAGCAGAAGAACAGACAGCCCCCUCGCCAAAGAAGAAAGACAGCUCUCCUCAAAAAGGCCCCACAAUGCCCAAAAUGCCUCAGAUGGACCUGAUCACAGAGCUGAAGAAGAGACAGGUGAAGCCCCAAGUCACAGAUGGAGCCAUUGAGGACAUCAUCACAGAUUUGAGAAAUUCACCUUACAGAAGAGCUGAUGGGCGGAGAUCAGCUCCACGGCAAGACAACUGAGGGUUACCUGAAGAGACAGAUCUUCUGUCCUGCCCACUGCACAGUCCUAUACUGUACAUACAUAAAGCCUCUCCUUUUCUUUAUAUAGUAAAUAUGAAGAACAACUCAAUCCACAGCACCAGCAAACACCUUUACACAUACAUACAAACACACUGACAACAAUAGAUGGUGCACAUAAACACAAAGGAGUCACACUAACAAACAGCCAUCAUACAUGCUUACAGUACAUAUGCUCUCAUGUGUUUAUUCUUUAGAGAUUCUGCUGAAAUUGUAUUGUACAUAAGGUAUACAUUUGAAGCUUCAUACAUUUUACCAUCACAUUAGUAUAUAAAUAUAAUAACAACUCUAUUGGAUUCCAUGAACUUCAAAUACUAUUAUUUAGUUUUUUUCUGCUAAUAAAGUUCAUUUUUGCUAAAUGUAUAAAAUGCUCAAAUAAUAUGACAACAGUUAUUUUUAUAAAUAAUAUUAAUAAAUAUAAUAUGUUUUGUAUUUAAAACAAAAAAGAAAGUGAGACAUUUGUACAGAAAUGAAACAUGUUUGGUUGAUUUUGGACCCUGAAACCAAAAAAAUGACACUUUUUGUUUUGUUGUAGAAGAGAGCUGUACUUUAUUAGACACACAACCACAGCAAGUAUGUACAAAAGGUCUCAGCUCUCAGUGUUUUCUCACAGGGAAAAAUAAUAAUAAAAUUACAUUUCACACAAAGUUAUCAUGGCAUCCACACUGAUAAAUGUAUUUAUUUUUAUAUAGGUUUUAUAUUUAUAUAUCUUAUUUGUAUAUCUAUUCUCAGUUAGUAUAUAAAUCUGUUCUAGAGAUGGGAGGGUCACAGCUUGGGUAAAAGGGCACACACCUUCACUGGUGUGUUGAUGGUUAGAGCGGAGUUCUAUCUGCUCAGUUAUUCAGUAAUACACACUCAGAGAUUGCCAAUUAAGUCUGGUUACCACAUCACCGCAGAUUACAUUAUACUGGACAUGUCUGAGCUACAAAGAUAUCAGACAUAUAAAAAGUACCCCCUUAAACAUUUAGAAACUUUUUUUUUUUUUUUUUAAAUCAUCUGCACCGUGCAAUUGCUUUUAGAAUGUACAUGCAUUGCUAUUAUGAUUGUUUUUUUGUUGUUGUUUUUUUUUACAUUUUAAUAUAUACCUUAUAACUCCAUCUUUUAAAUAAAAGUUUAUUUUUUAUUUUUUUUGGGACAACAAUUUUGUAGGACUCUCUAAUAACUAUGACUUUUAUUUACAUGUUAUAGUCUUAUUAUUUUUCUUUUCUCUUGUGUAGUAUUUUAUUGUUCUUUGAUGCCAGAAUUUUGUAACAUCCAAACAUUCAUGUAGAAAAAUCUCACAUAAGGGACUAAAGAGCUCUGAUAAAAUACAUAAACACGCUCUGAAAUAUGCUUGACAGUUUUUUCCACCAUGUAACAAAGAAUGCUAUGUGUGCUAUUUCUUUGCCUGGAAAGCUAGUCAUAACUAGCCAUUCGCAAAAACACCCUGUUCCUCCAAUUAACUGCUUCCUUUUUGGUAAAACCAUAGAGGUCCAAAAACCUGCAACUCAAAAUUAGCACGUCUGAGUGUAAAAGAAACAUUGAAGUAGCGAUUUGAUUGACCAAGGCAUUUGUAAAUUGACUGAAUUUAGACAAAUAGCUGUUUGUCAGUAGUGUCUUUAGCAUCAGCAAUCUAGCUGCAGUAUUGUUCGCUUCCACUAGAUGGCAGACGACGGACGUGCCUUCAAAGUUCAAACAUUUACUUCUCCAUCAGAUCCACAUUAUCAAUUUUCCUCAAAACAACAAAUGAGCAGCUAGUAAGUUACAUUCUCAAGUCACAAUACAGAUAAGAGCUUCAGAAAUAUUACUGGAUCAGUAACCUGAUUUCACAUAAAUUCACCCAGUUACCACACAUAUCAGAAUUAUUUUGACUGUCUGGCUGGAUAGACAGUAUUAGUAAUCAAUCACUUAGAAGUAAAACAACCCAUAAAAAAAUUAUAAUUAACAAAAUUAUUAAUCUGUCCUUGGUUAAAAUGCAGCUAUAUAUAUAUAUAUAUAUAUAUAUAUUACAUAUGAACUAGGCUGUACAGAUUUUCAA